AUGGUCUAUUCGACGAGGAUAUGGACGUUCAAGACGGACUUCCGCCUUGUCAUGGUCCGAAGUUGCAUCCCUCUGCAGUCUGCACUCGCCAACGCAUCGAUCACCUGUAAAGAUAUGCUCGAUGACCACUUGGAACCAUAUUCGGGCCACUCUGAGAUCACGGCACAUGUUUUCAAGGUUGAGAUCGAGUCUGACCACUACGCUUUGAAGGUGUUUAUGCCGUACGAUAUUUCGUAUGACUACCACCAAUUUUACACUGCGGGUAUCCGCUGCACUGAAGAAGAGUUGGAAUGGCAUGUUAUGCCCUUUUACUCAGAAUGCCGCGCAUACAGUCGCAUCAAGCAGGCGCAAGACAGGCGAUUACUGCCGCAUCAAGUUGCAGUUCCAUGCCAUGGCUAUAUCCGCUUGGAGGAAAAGACAUCCGAAAACUGGAGGAUGAGUGGAACCUUGAUUUCAGUGUUGAACAGGGCAACGCCUUAA